AUGAUUACACCUCGAUUCACCUGUUCUCAGACGGCCGAGUCCGUUGUGAUCUCAAUUUACUGUCCCUCUGUUCGUGCCGCAGACGUUGAGAUCCAUGUAGACAAAACCCUCGUUUCUGUUCACAUCAACCCAUAUUUCCUGCGUUUAAAUCUCUCGCAUUCUUUGCAGGAAGACGACGCUUCCUCAGCUCAAUAUGAUCCUGGCUCUGGAUAUCUCACCAUAACUCUCACAAAACAUGUCCAUGGACAACACUUUGAAGACCUUGAUCUACUUGCGAAAUUGCUUGCACCGCGGCCGGUAUUGCCUCCGAAACAGCCUAUCAUUGAGUUACUGGAUAGAGAUGAAGCGGCCGAAGCGGACCUAAGUUCUCAGACCCAAGAGCUGGCCGUCGAUGAUGAAGAGCAGCAAGAGCUUCUGGAAGCUGCCCGCAACGAUUGGCAACUUCCUCAGGAAGUCCUGGAACCAACCCCGCUCAAGUUGACACCUCAGUGCUACUAUGGAUUUCUCGAUAUGUAUUCCGGAUAUUUCACCAACGUGUCUUACACCGAGAACGAGGUGAACGAACUAGGCGUAGACGCAGAGCGAUGCACGCCGGAAGACAGACGGCCAAAAAGAAUCCUUCACGAGGACGAAAAAUGGGACAGUGAACACUAUAUGGCGGACUUUGCGGAAGACGAGUAUAUUCAAGAGUUGAUCAAAUGGAGGCAUCCACAUACCGAGGGUCCAGUAGAUCCCAAAUUCGCUGAAAAAGAGAAUGCGAUGAUGCUAAAUCUCCCUAGAAAAGAAUAUCUUCCGAGUCAAAGACAGACACAUAAUCUCUAUCUCACCCUUCUGACGGUUCUGUUCGCAUACGCAUAUGAUUCUCGGACAACGCAACAUGAUCCUACGCCGGAAAGUGCUUGGACAUUGUGUACUCUGGUUCCUGCCUUCUCAGCAUUAGACCCGGGACCCUAUACAUCGACCGUAUGGGACCCGAGUUCUGCAUUCCACAGAGAAGAGAUUGCAGCCGUCUUCAUCCCAAGUUACCGUCGAUCCUUAUCGUUUCCUCUCUACCGAUCCUUUGCUCUUGCUCAAAAGUGUCGGGAUGACGUUGCUAAGUUCAUUGCGAGAGGGAAAAGGACCGUCCUUAAAUGUCUACUCGAGAUGAAAAAUAUACUUGAUCAUCAUGAAGUCUAUUAUGUCUACAGCAAGAUCUGGUUAGACGACUAUUGUGUUUGGAUACAAACUCAUGCAAGUGACGAGAUGCUUUCUCGACUAGCUUCCGCCGUGGAAACGACUGAAAUUCAAAAGACAUCAAUUGGAUGGCAUCUGGACCAGAUAGAGGCGAUUGUUCAUAACAUUCAAAUUGAGAGAAAUAUGGAUAGCGACGAUGCUGACAGUGAUGAUGAAUGA